CGAACGAGCUUGAUCACGUGAUUUAGCACAUGUUCACUUUAUUCCCAUCCUCUUCGUUUGAUUAUACAAAUUUAAAAUAAUCUAAAUAUAAUUAUAUGAAAAACGUAUAAAAAAUAUAUACGAAGAAUCCGAACAGAUGACUCAGUUGUAUUUCGAUUAUAAAGUAUAAUCGGAAUGCAGUAGUUCAAAGUCAUUCUCAAUUUUUGUAAGAAGAAUGUUCUGUCUCUGAAACAAUAGCAAAGUUGUGUGAUACUACUUAAUUAAAGAAAGAUCUUGAUGAUUCGUCUUUUAAGAUCCCUGAGUCCUAUGGUGACUGGCAUAAUGCCAAUUAGCACUUCUGAUGUUAUAGAAUUGCUCUGCACAUUAGCAGAGGAGGAACGUCUAAAGGUGACAUUGAGCGAGUCGCUUAAAGGUGGUCUAAUUACUGGCAUUGCUGCUGCAUUAGGAGCUUUUCUUCUGGGACCAAUGGGUUUACCAAUUGGUGGAGCUCUUGGAGGAGGUGUGGCUGCUUUUACUUGUGGUAGCAAAUUUCAGCCUGUGUCGCAAGUUAUUGCUACCAUGUCGCAAGAGAAACGAGAGCAUCUUGCCAACAAAAUAAGGCAGAUAAUGAAUAAAAUUGAUGUGACAGAUGUAGUUGUAUUCGCAGCUUUAGUAUCUGGUGACUGUUCAGUGCGAAGCAGAGUUGUUGGUGAGCUGGUGGAUUAUUUGAGGCAUGAAAUGUCAAUGGCUCUUGUAGAGUGAUUUUUGGAAUUUGUCAUAUUUAUUCUGUUUCCUCAUGUGCUCAUAUUGAUACCAAAUCCUUGACACUGAAUGUGGAUUGUUUUAUGUGUAUCAUGUGUCUGUUUUGCAAGCCUAUUGGUUUGAAUUGUUGAUGUUUGUUUGAAACAGCUCAAUUUCUAGGGGAUAUGUGAUAAAUGUGUGUUUUAUUUCAUGCAAUUAUUAUUCCUCUUCAGUUAGUUUUAAAUCAUUUGAAAUGAAUGUUAGAUAAAUGUUUAAACUAGUGGUUCUCAUGCUGGUGAAAACACACCAGUUAAAUUGCCAAGCUAAGUUUGUUGGAAAGCAUAUGAACUGAAUGUAGUUGAAUAGGAGUGAAGUAUAAUUCAGUUUUUUUCAUAAAAUACCUAGGGCUUUUUACUCCCUUAAAUUAAUGAUGUUGUAAGUAAAUGUAUUAAGCUCUUUCAUUAACUUAUUUUCUAUGUAUCCAAAAACUUAAGAAUUUUUGUUAAUUUACAAUAAAUUAACAAUCUAAUAUUUUCUGUGCAAUGAAACCUUUUCAAUACAUAAAGAGUCAGCAAUCUUUUCAUGUCUUUAUUUUUUAUUACUUCAUUAAACAAUUAGAAGCAAUGAAAAGAAUUUGAUUUUUUUUAAGACAAAAUUUGGGGAAAAAAUUGGACUGUUACCAAACUGGUAUUCUAGAUUUCAGGAUGUCAUUUUGGAGUGAUAAUAUUUCUAUUGUUUACAUUUUUCUUAAUUUUUUAAUUAAUUUCAAAUUCUGAUUAGAAAAAUUAAAAAGAAAUCAUUUUAAUUGCACAUUUUUACUCUAUAAAAUAUACUUGUGCCAAAGUUGUAAAUUUAACUCCAAUGGCUUAUUCUUUAAUGCAUUCUUUCUAUAAUCCAUACAUUCAUUGUUAUUAUUAUUAGUAGCGAUGGCACAGGGUUUGAUUUUAAAAUGGUAGUGUAAUACAGUCAAUCUGUGCGAUACCUGUCAUUUGAAUUACACAUUACACUUAUCUUGAGUUCUAAUACUUUGUUUCUCUCCUCUUAAAAGUGCACUUUGACAGUGCGUGACUUGUAUUCUUUGAACAUAUGUUGAUUCAUUUUCAAGAAUAAACAAUCUCAUAUUAUGCUUACUUAGUAAAGAUUGAAAUCUUUCUUUCAUUGAUACUUUUUUUACUUGCAUCACUUAAGGAAUUUAUUGUUCAAGUCCAUGAAAUAUAAAAUUUUAAACUUUGACAUAAAAAAUUAAUGUUUCUUACAAUUUGUAAAAUGAUAGUUUUUCUCUGGCUUGUUAAACUAUAGAAUGUAGUUCAUUUUAUGCUUUAAUUUAUUUUGUUACAUCUUGACAUUAAGUAUUUUAUGAAAUAAUUGAUUUUGUAAUGAGCAUUAAUGUGUAAAUUAAAUUAUGUAUUUAAAAAAUCCUGUCUUGAGUUUAACAGUGACAUAAUUGUAAUUUAUCUUACUAAUUUUUCUAGCUAAUUUCUAAAAAUUAUUCUAUGUUACGUUGGUUGAGAACCACUAAGCUAUUCAGAACAUUUCUUGUUCCAUAAAAGUAUUUGAUACUAUUUGAUUGAAAAACAGUAUUAUUUGUAGUCCAUUCUUAAUGAAACUACUUUGUUUUUCUUCCCCAUGUGGUAAAAUGCCAUUGAUUCGAAUAUAAUUUUUCAAAUGGUAUUUGCUAUUUAUAUAUGUUUAUUCAUUUGAAUAAAAACUAGUAUGUUUUAUUGAAGAUAUAUUAUCCAGCCAUAUUAAAUUGAUUAUUAAUUUUUUAUUAACUUGACUUAUAAAAAUGCAAGCAUAUUUUUGUAAAUUUGUACAUACAUAUAUAUGUAUUUCUGAGAAUUAGAUGUUAUGGUUUCAUGUCCAUGUAAGUGGAUGCAUUUUCAUAAUUUCUUUUUAAAUAUUUAUUUAAGUACACAUGAUAUGUAUAAAACGUCUGUUUAAUAAUAAUAAACAACUUUUUAUAAAAUAUCUUUUAUGUAAAAAAUAAUAAAUUGAAAAUUAAAAUAAUAUUUAAGAACAUGAAAUUAGCUGCUGCUUUUUAUGAACAGUAAUUUUCACAAUUUUUGAAAAAUGUUUACAAUUUAAAUGAAAAAAUAUAUAUCUAUAAAUGAGUAUAACAGAAUUUUAAAAAAUGUCCGUUCAAAAUUUUACCAUGGAAGUUAUUUUAAAGGAAAUUUUCAUUGAGAAUCUUUUAUUAUAAUUAAAUCUAUUUCCAUAGCUAGUUUAAUUUCCAAUAAAAAUAUUUACUUAUUUUUUAUGAUUUCUACUUAUGUUUUCCAUAAAUAUUUACAGUUUUAAGUUGUUAUAUAUUCUGCAAGUUUUAGAAUUUGAAUAAGAAUUAGUUUUUACUUAUAUGAAUUUAGAUUCCCCCUUUUAAAGAUGAAUACAAAACAAAAUGUGAUUUAAUAGAGAAAAUGCCUCCAUUUUAAUGAUGAGAAUUCUGUUACCAUAUUCAAAUGGGAAUGUUAAAAUUUUGAAUUGCAUAAUCAGUUACUUUUAUUUUAGCACAAACUUAGUAAUUAGUCAGAUUUAAUUUAUCCUUUUUAAAAAAUACAAAUAUUUAAAUUCUGUAAUGGUAUGAGCUUAUUUCCUAAUUUUUCUUAAUCUGUUUUAUCUCAAUAUAUAUGAAUUAUAUCAGUAUUAAAAUAUCUGUCAGUGCUGUCAUAAUACAUUUAGAUAAUUUUUCUUAAAUAAAAAAAUAAUUGGUUUUAAUUCUUAUUUUCUUAGUUACAAAAGCACUGAAUUUAUCAGCAGGUCUUGAGAUGCUCUAAAUAUUUCACUGCAAAGUAAACACUUGUUUUCAAUUAAAAAAUAUCUCAAAAGUAUAAGGCCUUUUAAGAAGUUCAGGAGUAUCAUUUUUAUGAUAAUCCUUAUAUAUCAAUAUUUUUGAAAAAUUAUUUGUUUGAUGAAAAAUUAUUUUUGAAAUAUUGUGUACAUCUUAGCAAUGCUAAAACAAUGUAUAUUUUGUUUACUUACAUUUGAUUGGUGUAUGCAGUUAUUUUUGUUGCACAGUCCUAGCCCUAAGGGUAACUGAGCUUUAAUUUUUUAAAGAGCUAUUUGUAUUUAUUUGAGAAGUAAAAAAAAGUCAAGGAGAAGGAGAAAGGUUUAUUGAACAUUACUGCCUUUUGGAAUUUUGUUUUAUAUGUUUGUUAUGAAGAUAUGCAAAAAUAUACAUUUUUAUUUUUCUUUAUAGUGUUUUUGUUAGCUAAUUAUAUAGAAAGUGUAUAGAUGUUUGUAUUAUUCUGAAAAUUCAGUGUUUUCUUUUUUUGGAAAUGAUUAUUCGUUGAACUAGUCAAUUAAUCCAAAUGAAUCUAAUUUAAACUAUUAAUUUUGUAAUAUUGAACUGAGUAAGUGCAUGAUUUUUUUUUUCUCCCCUCCCUUACCUCUACUUGUGAUUGAAGUUAGAUCGUUAUAUUUGUUAAAGCUGUGUUCUAUAGAAUGAAUCUAAUCUUCCAUACAUGAUCUGCUUAAAAUUCUUACUUAGUUUUACUUUUCUGGUAGAAAUGUCAUUUUGCAUAUUUAAAAUUUUUAACAAUAUAUAUUGUUUCUUCUGUUAAUUGCACAUAUAUAUAGUAUCAGCUAAUCUUUUAUCUGUAUUUCAGAAAUUGAAUAUAAAG